AUGUCGUGCUCCAACCUGGCGGUGAGAAGGUUACCGAGUCCACGGCUAUAUAGAAACAGAAUCUCGCCAUCCCGCCUAAAUCACAGUCGCCUGAUUCGGAGCAGGGAGCCGACAUUCAAGAUCAGACGAAGUAAUCUUUUUUCACAUCUCUGCUGGUCAGAUGCUAGAUUUGGUUUGUGUUGAUGACAAUGGCACUAUCGAUGUAUUGAAGCUUUAAGGCCAAUACCAGAUUAUGAUCUCGAGCACAUCUUUACCCCACAAUCUUGCAAAUCUCAUGUGCUAAGCGAGAUUAUAGGGAAGAUUUGAGGCUGUUUUGAUGCUACGUAACCACAGCCUCAAUGGCAAAAUCUGGCUCAGGAGGAGUUAACAUCUUCGCCUUUUAGAAACAAGCCCAAUGAUAAAUACCGUAAACCCACUCAAACACUAUCAGGAAUCUUUGGCUGCGCAUUCAUUCACAAUGUCUUCCAAAAUGAAUCCACUGGUUCUCUUAUCCAUCUUCCUAGACAUCGUCACCGCAGCAAACAUCUUCGUCUCCCACUACCAAGGAACGAUCCAAUCACUGACUUUAACACCAACCAGCAAUGGCGGAUACACGCUUACCACGAACAGUUCAGCAAACGUGGGUGGACAGCCAAGUUGGAUGACUUUCGACCCUGCGACUCGAACGAUCUAUUCGUCUGACGAGACUGGUUUUGGAAGUGCGUCUUUGACGGCUGUCACUGCGGCGGCAAAUGGGGGUGUGUCGCUUGUUGGGAAGGCGACGGGUGUUACGCUUGGGGGUGUGCAUAAUACUUUGUAUGGAUCGGGUUAUAUUGCUGUUGCGCAUUAGUAUGUUGUCAUUCAGGUGAAAGGACUUGGGCUAAUAAGGGUUCAGUCAGAUGUCGUCUAUUACUACUUAUAAACUUCCUUUGUCGUCUUCCUUGAGAAGUUUACAGACUUUGAAGUAUACGAUGAACGGGCCUGGAAAAAUUCCUUCUAGAGUGAGCUUUCUUUUUCUUUUUCUCGUUUUUAGAGGUCUAGUGUAAUAUCUCGGUUUGUUUCCAACCUUUGGAAUAAUACUCUCCAUUACCCUAAAGUUUGGAAUGAUGAGAAAUCAUCAAGGCAUUUUCCUGUUACUUUUACUGUCCAUCAUGCGUUUGGAACCCCAGAAAACUCCUAUGCAAGUGUCGCAAGAAGAAAGAUGUGGAUGAUGAUUACAAAACAAAUUCCCGAAUAAUGCAACAGGCAUGUCAGAGUAGACAAUAUGAUCAAAUCCUUUCUUUCUCAAUUCUUCAUGAGCCCACCAUAUUGCACAUAAACUGAUGUCACUUUUUAGCAAGAUGCCCCCCACCCGCAUCAAGUCGUCGUCGACCCCACGGGGAACUUUCUCCUCUCUCCCGAUCUAGGAGCCGACCAAAUAAGGAUUUACUCGAUAGACAAGUCUACAGGAAAACUUGCAGAAUGCCCAAACUUUAUAACAGUCAGUGGCGUGGCCUCUUUCCUAUUUCUGAUACGUACAUAAUUCUGUAUAAAAGAGCGAGCACGAACCGCAAAGUGAAAACUGACCAGACACUCUACCCUCACAGGCACCUGGAACUGGACCACGUCACGGCGAAUUCGAUGGGAAAACUCUCUAUGUAGGCAACGAGCUCGCAAACACAGUUUCUGCAUUUGCCGUCUCCUAUCCGGACAACGGAGGUUGUCUCACGCUCACUCUAAAGCAAACCUUGACGACCAUUGCCAACAACAAAACACUACCUUCGGGCUCUAAGGUGGGAGAGGUCCACGUCAAGGGCAGAUUCCUCUAUGUCUCGAAUAGAAGAGAUCUUUCAUUCUCGCCUAACGAUUCCAUUGCCUCGUUCUCACUGGAUGAUGCAGGGCUCAUGAAGUUUCAGCAAAUCACCUCAAGUGGAGGUACUUAUCCGAGAACAUUCUCCAUCAAUAAGGCUGGGGAUUUGGUGGCUAUUGGAGAUCAGACGACGGCGAAUGUAGUUGUUGUCAAGCGUGAUGUCACAACUGGACUUUUGGGUGCUCAAGUGGCAAGCAUGAGAAUUGGGAGCACGGGUACGCCGGAAAAUGACAAUGGGUUGAGUGCAGUCCUUUGGGAUGAGUAAAACUCGGUUUCACGCCCUGAGAGAUUCGAGGAUGGGCCCGGCAACCAAUUCUGU